AUGGUCCCCAAGUACCGGCUUCUGCCCUCGAAGGAUCUUCCAGCAAAUGCCAAAAUUGGAUUCAAAUAUCAGUCUAUGGCGGUGAACCCAGCAGUUUUCCUCCCCUGGAUGAAAUUGUUGCUCGAUCAAAAAGGAGUACGUUUCAUCCGUGCGGAGGUGAAGUCAUUCGCGGAGGCUCGCUCUAUCCUGAAGACCCCAGUCAUCAUCAACGCAUCCGGUUUGGGAGCCUUUGACCUUGCUGGUGACGACAAGGUAAUCGCCGUUCGUGGCCAAACAAUGCUUGUUCAGAGCGACUCUCACGAAAUGGUCAUGUUCCAGGGCUCUCAUUACACGUAUCAGAUUCCGCGUAUGUUCAGCGGGGGAGUCAUAAUCGGCGGAGUCAGUCAGCCAGGAAACUCAGACCAAGACGUAGAUCCCGAUCUCCGACCAGACAUUUUGCAGCGCAUGAAUGCGAUAUGCAAGCAUCGGUUCCGGUCGUUAGAUCUAAAUAAACAUGUCAUAGCAGACCUAGUUGGUUUUAGGCCAAGCAGGAAGGGAGGGUAUCGACUCGAACGUGAGGCUGAGAUCAUUCACGCCUAUGGUUUCAACACUCUAG